AUGGCUGGGCUUUGGGAGACGUUGCACCGCUGGUAUCGCGGGACCCUGUAUCAGGCUAUUGCCUUGGGUCUGAUCAGCUUUACUCAGCCCGGUAUUUGGGAUGCAUUGAACGGACUGGGAGCCGGUGGUCUAGCAACCCCGUAUUUCGUCAAUGCCUCCAAUGUCAUCACAUACGUGAUCAUGAUCGUGACAUGUCCGUUGUUCUCGAUCGCCGGAAACAGGUUCAGUUUGAAGUGGGUGCUGGUCGCCGGGACAAUCGGUUAUGUGCCCUAUUUCGCAGCAUUGUAUUGCAACAGUGUUUUCGGAACCCAGUGGUUUUUGCUUCUUGGAUCGGUGACUUGUGGUUUCUCGGGCGCCGCGCUAUGGGUUUCGGAGGCCGCUAUUGCUGUGGGUUAUCCCGAGCCUGAGAACCGCGGGACCUACAUCGGUAUUUGGAUGGCCCUCAACAAGCUCGGAUCAGUCAUUGGAAACGCCAUUCAACUCGCGCUCAACAUGGACUCAUCCAGCAAGGGCAGCAUCAGCCCUAAGACAUACCUCGUUCUCAUCGGACUCAGCUGCGGCGGUCUCCCCCUCGCGUUAACCGUCGCUCCCGCGCACAAGCUGAUUCGCAAAGACGGAACAAAGCCGACAUUCAGCUCCGACGAACAUCGUAUUUCACUCAAGGAAGGACUAAAGGGAUUUUGGAAAGCAACAAAGCAAAAGUACAUGCUGCUUCUGAUUCCUAUCUUCAUCACCGUGCGCUGGAGUCAAACCUACCAGGGGAACUAUCUGACGGAGUACUUCUCGGUCCGGGGCCGUACACUGGCUGGAUUUGUCCAAACCAUUGUCGGUAUUGUCGCUACGGUGCUUUGGGGCUGGUUGUUAGAUUCAAAUAAGAUCUUCAGAACGAGACGAGGAACGGCGCUUGCAGGCUGGCUGACGAUGGUCGCUGUGUUUAUCCCGCAGUGGGUUUUGAAUUUUGUCAUGCAGACCGACCUGCAGAAGCAAAGCCCUACCCCAUCCUUGGAUAUCUAUGACCCUGGAUACGGCAAGGCGAUCGCCGCGUACUGUCUAUUUGGUGUCGGAAGUCAGGCAUCAGUGGUGUGGACGUACUGGAUCCUGGGAACAUAUGAUAUCCAUGUCGAUGUCCUGGCAUACACCACUGGGAUUCUUCGUUCCUUCGAGAGUCUGGGCUUUGCUAUCGCAUUCGGCAUUGGCGCCAGCGAGAACGUCUCCCUCAUGGCUAACCUGAUCGUCGCGUUUGUGGUGUUCUGGGUGAGCGUGCCCUUCACAACAUAUGCUUCCUGCCUUGUGAGGGAGCCAAACCCCACUCCAGAGGCUCCUAUCAACAAGGACAUCCAGGAUGAUCCUGAAAGCGAUUUGCCGCCGAAACUGCCGCAAAUACAGGAGCACGCAGACGGUCUGGACUACCAUCCAGAAUCGCGCUCCUGA